GAGUUUCUAAAGUGCCUUUUGAUGUUUGAUUGAACAGUCUUCUCAUAUUGCUCACCACAUCUCACCAUGUUGAGACUCUUUGUGUUGCUUACAGCAGUGGUCUGCUGCAAUGCCUGCAGACUCGAAAAGAUGAACAAUCAAGAUUCCACUGAGAGUGAAGAAUCAGGUUGUUCUGACACUGAUGGAAAUUACCAUGAAUUUUCCUCUGAAUGGGAGAAUGGACCUGAAACAUGUGUCUGUGUGGAAUUUGGAAUCAUCUGUUGUGAAAAGUUUGGGGACAACUUUGCCGCACACAUCCCUGAGGACAACACUGUCCCACCCAUCCCUGAAUCCACCCCUGGAAUCAUCGUCGAUUACUUUGGAGCAUUCACUGAGAAUGACGUCGUAGAGACUGAAGAACUCAGCAGUGAUGAAGAGCCUGCUCCUGAAGUCGUUGCUGAAGACUCUCAUGAGCCAGCUGAAGACUCUCAUGAGCCAGCUGAAGACUCUCACGAGUCAGCUGAAGACUCUCAUGAAGACUCUCAUGAGUCAGCUGAAGACUCUCAUGAGUCAGCUGAAGACUCUCAUGAGUCAGCUGAAGACUCUCAUGAGCCAUCUGAAGACUCUCAUGAGUCAGCUGAAGACUCUCAUGAGCCAGCUGAAGACUCUCAUGAGUCAGCUGAAGACUCUCAUGAGUCAGCUGAAGACUCUCAUGAGUCAGCUGAAGACUCUCAUGAGUCAGCUGAAGACUCUCAUGAGUCAGCUGAAGACUCUCAUGAGCCAGCUGAAGACUCUCAUGAGCCAGCUGAAGACUCUCAUGAGUCAGCUGAAGACUCUCAUGAGCCAGCUGAAGACUCUCAUGAGCCAGCUGAAGACUCUCAUGAGCCAGCUGAAGACUCUCAUGAGCCAGCUGAAGACUCUCAUGAGCCAGCUGAAGACUCUCAUGAGUCAGCUGAAGACUCUCAUGAGCCAGCUGAAGACUCUCAUGAGCCAGCUGAAGACUCUCAUGAGCCAGCUGAAGACUCUCAUGAGUCAGCUGAAGACUCUCAUGAGCCAGCUGAAGACUCUCAUGAGCCAGCUGAAGACUCUCAUGAGUCAGCUGAAGACAGUGAAUAAUCCAAACAUCCUGAACAGCAAAAAUACUCUUGCAUAUAUACUUUUUUUAAAAUUUAAUGAGGCUUUACACUGAUAAAUAAACAUACCUGAACAUCUGUGGU